AUGCUCACAUUCAUGGCCUCUGACAGCGAGGAAGAAGUGUGUGAUGAGCGGACGUCCCUGAUGUCGGCCGAGAGCCCCACGCCGCGCUCCUGCCAGGACGGCCGGCAGGGCCUGGAGGAUGGAGAGAGUGCCGCCCAGUGGAGAAGCCAGGAGAGUGAGGAGGACCGUGAGGACGAGGACCCUGACCGCUACGUCUGCAGUGGGGUUCCUGGGCGGCCGCCGGGCCUGGAGGAGGAGCUGACCCUCAAAUACGGGGCGAAACACGUGAUCAUGUUGUUUGUGCCUGUCACGCUGUGCAUGAUCGUGGUGGUGGCCACCAUCAAGUCCGUGCGCUUCUACACGGAGAAGAAUGGACAGCUCAUCUACACGCCGUUCUCAGAGGACACGCCCUCGGUGGGACAGCGGCUCCUCAACUCCGUGCUUAACACCCUCAUCAUGAUCAGCGUCAUCGUCACCAUGACGAUCUUCCUGGUCGUGCUCUACAAGUACCGCUGCUACAAAUUCAUCCACGGUUGGCUGAUCAUGUCCUCUCUGAUGCUGCUCUUCCUAUUCACCUACAUCUACCUCGGGGAAGUGCUCAAGACCUACAAUGUGGCCAUGGACUACCCCACCCUGUUCCUGACCGUCUGGAACUUCGGGGCGGUGGGCAUGGUGUGCAUCCACUGGAAGGGCCCCCUGGUGCUGCAGCAGGCCUACCUCAUCAUGAUCAGCGCGCUCAUGGCCUUGGUGUUCAUCAAGUACCUCCCGGAGUGGUCCGCCUGGGUCAUUCUGGGUGCCAUCUCCGUGUAUGAUCUUGUGGCUGUGCUAUGCCCCAAAGGACCACUGAGGAUGCUGGUGGAAACCGCCCAGGAGAGAAAUGAGCCCAUAUUCCCUGCCCUCAUAUACUCAUCCGCCAUGGUGUGGACCGUGGGCAUGGCCAAGCUGGACCCUUCCUCUCAGGGAGCCCUGCAGCUCCCCUAUGACCCAGAAAUGGAAGAAGACUCCUAUGACAGUUUUGGGGAGCCCUCAUACCCUGACGUCUUUGAGCCCCCACUGCCUGGCUACCCAGGGGAGGAGCUGGAGGAAGAGGAGGAAAGAGGCGUGAAGCUCGGCCUCGGAGACUUCAUCUUCUACAGCGUGCUGGUGGGCAAGGCAGCCGCCACGGGCAGCGGGGACUGGAACACCACACUGGCCUGCUUUGUGGCCAUCCUCAUCGGUUUGUGUCUGACCCUCCUGCUGCUCGCCGUGUUCAAGAAGGCGCUGCCCGCCCUCCCCAUCUCCAUCACGUUCGGGCUCAUCUUCUACUUCUCCACGGACAACCUGGUGCGGCCUUUCAUGGACACCCUGGCCUCCCACCAGCUCUACAUCUGA